AUGGGGCGCAAACUGGAUCUCUCUGGUCUGACGGAUGUCGAGGCAGAGCAUGUGCUCCAGGUAGUGCAACGGGACAUGCAGCUACGAAAGACAGAGGAGGCGCGGCUCAGUGAGAUGAAGCAAGCUCUAGUUGAGGAGAGCAGUCGAUGUGUUCUGCUGUCACGGCAGCACAGGUUUAAUGAGCGCUGCUGCAUCCGUUGCUGUUCUCCAUUCACCUUCCUGCUCAACCCCAAGUGCUUCUGUCUGGGCUGUUGCUACAACGUCUGCAAACGCUGCUGCACCUACAGUAAGAGGGACAAAGGCUGGCUGUGCUCUGCUUGCCAGAAGAGCAGGCUCCUGAAGACCCAGUCACUGGAAUGGUUCUACAAUAAUGUAAGAAGGCGCUUUAAAAUAUUUGGCAGUGCUAAAGUGUUAAAGAACCUCUACAGGAGGCAUGCAGCAGAGCGUGGAGUGCUAGCAGAACUUACAGAGGGCAGCACUUAUGAGGAGAGCAUCUGCAACGAAAGCAGUGUAUAUGAGAGCGACUCUACGUUCUACAGGCAAAGUGAAGAGCACAGCAUGGCUGAGACGAUUAGUGUGGCACUGUGGGUGGCAGAAGAGGCCAUAAAUGAGGCCAUUGCUAAGGCUGAGAGGCAGGCUGACAGUCAAGAAAAGCAGAACGAAGCUCAUUAUCUGCAAGAGAACAGAGGAGAGCUUAUAGAGGAACUGGCCACAACUAUUAUACAAAAAAUUGUCUGGCGGAGGAGGGAUCUGUCUGAGAAGCAGUCUGGAUCUAAUCUGGACUUGUCGCCUGGCCAGAACACUGAUAUGACCUCUCCUGUUCAAACCCAGAGUGCCUUCAAUGCUUCCCUCUGGCGAUCACAAUCAGCUUUUUGUCUGGAUGAGAGAGUGGACCAGCAUGGCAACAUUGGUUCAAGACCCCCAGCCUCUAAAAGUGAUGCUCUAGAAAUGAAGAAAGAGGGAGCAGUGCCUGUUCAGGCCUUGCCUAGCUGGAGGAGUGUUGACCGACUGGAUAAUUCUAUGUUGCAGAGCCCUGACAGUAACUGGAUUGCUUAUCAGAACACCCUGCUGUCUCGGCCAAGUCUUCUAACCAAGCGUAAGAGUCUGGUCUACAGCGUCUUAGAAAAGGAGUCUGGUGUUGUGUCCGCUUAUGAUGAGAUGGGCUCUGGAACAGAGGCUAACGGUGAUGGGGUCUGGGGUGCUGCUUUGCUAGAACUUCGUCGUAAAAUGUCUGCAAACAAGCAGUCAAGUCACCCUGAGUCUUACAGCCGUCACUCAACCUUGCCUUUGGAUGGUCAAACCCAACAGCUCAUCAAAGACACCUUUAACGCUGAUACUGAUAACAACCCUGCCCAAUUUGACCUGGACGGACCACUGCCCAAGUCCCACAAAGCUCUGCUGCCCUUCCUGAAGAGAAAAGUGCCACCAGAACACAGACGCCCCUCAUACACCCGCCGUCCAAGCAUCAUGGAUAUUAAUUUCAACCCAGGGACAGAGAGCAGCGAGGAUGGUCUAGAGGACAACAGGGUCAAGAGGUUACCCCUAAGAAGGAAAAAUAAGAGAGAGGAGGCAGAGUGGAAAGGACAGUCUGUAUUGUCUACAUCUGUACCGGAUUGCAGUAGCCAGCUCUCGGACGCUCUAGUGAAGAGACAGUACAUGAAACCAGACUCAGUCUUGCGAGAAAAAGGACUCAGCGAUCAUGAUCUAGAAGCUGACACUUCAGACACUGCAACUCCUGACAUUUUGAGCUCUGGAGUAGUGACCCCUGAUCCAUUUGGAGCUGAUCUCAAAACUCCCAGCAAUGCAAAUCAUGGGGCCCUUGGUGUGGUUGGAUCUUUAGAUCAGGAGUUGACUUGUAAACUUAGAGAGCUAUCUAGUCAAGUCAGAGAAACACAAUUUUCCUCCACUGAGGAUGAACUGGACAGGUUGGAGUAUCCAGAUGAUGAAGCAAAAGCAGUAGAUGAGGUUAUGGGACAUGCUUUAUUGGGUAUUGAGAUUGAUGCAAAAGAAAGAUCAGAUGAAAUUGAAGCCACACACCAACAAAAGAGAACAGAGAGGCUGGAGAAAGAUAAGCUGACUUACAAACUUAGAGAGCUAACCAGUCAAGUAUGUGAGACACAACUUUCCUCCACUGGAGAUGAAUUGGACAGGUUUGAAGAUCAAACUGAAACUGAAUGUGAAAAUCAACCAAUGGGAACUGAGAUGUUGGAGGUUGAUGAUGGAUGGACAGAUGGAGACAAAAUGAUACAAUAUGUAGAGAAAACCAAAUAUCAUGUAGAGAACAUGGUUGAAAAAGCAGAAGAAGAGAGAUCAGAGAAAAGGCAAAAGGACAGUGUGCCAGAGCCGGACAUCAGUGCGCAAAAUGAUACUAAGGACAAGACACAAGCUUCUGAAGAAUUGAGCACUGAGAGCCAAACACAAAGACUUACUGGGACAGAUCCACAAAAUGAGAUGGUUCAGAAGAUAAGGAGCAAGGGAGAAGUCCAGACUGAAGAAGAAAAGACAAAAAGGAAAGAUUUUGGAAGCUCAGUUGAAGUUGAGCAGAGCAGAGCUGAGAAUGCAGAGACAGUCAGUGUAUCCAGUGAAUUUAGAUAUAUUAAUGAAGAUGGAAAGGUGGAAUUUGAUAAGAUCAUUGAUAGUGUAGUAAAGGCUUGGGAUAACACGGAAGAAGAGACAAAAGCUUAUACUUGUGAGGGAGUAUUUUUAGCCAGAGUAGAGAAUGUGGGAGAGAAACUGGAGAGACUACAGGCAGAGGAGGAAACAAAAAUCGAGAAAGGAGUUGAAAAACAGGAGAUGCAAGACAACACAAAAUCUGAGCGAUCUUUUGUUGGUCAAGGACCGAAGGAGGCUCAGAAGGAGGAAAAAGAAAUGAAAGAGGGCAAGAUCAACAAAGCUUUUGCACUUGAAAGACACAGAGAAGAUACUGAGGGGACAGAAGGCAAGGAAUGCAAGACUAUUUUCAAAGCAUCAGAAGAGAAAGUUCUGGAAAAGGAUGUUGCCAACAGUCAACGUGACUUGGCUGAGAAAAGAGAGGAGCAGGAAGAGAAGGAUACCACAACCCAGAACUCUUUUCAGCAUAGCGCCCCACCUGGUCAGGAGGAGUAUCUGUCACCAGAAGAGAUCUACAAGAGGUACUCGGCUGCAUCACUGCGCAGCAUCACCACAGAGGUGCUGAAAGUUCUAAAUGCCACAGAGGAUCUGAUUCACGGAUCUAUGGGAGACGGGAGAAGCCAGCCAGACCACAGUGACCUCUCAACUAUUCCCCCAGUCGAGACCAGGAGACUGGAUGAACAGCUCAGCAAACUGGAGGAGAAUGUGUACGUGACUGCAGGUACAGUGUACGGGCUUGAGGCUGAACUGGGAGAUCUAGAGGAGUGUGCAUGCAGCAUCAGUGGAUCCACCACUGAAAGAGAGCUCGCUCACCUGGAGGAUGAGGUGGCCUCUGCAGCAGCCCAGGUGCAGCAAUCUGAGCUCCAGGUUUUAGACAUUGCAUCAAGAAUUGCUGCUCUGAAAAAUGCAGGCCUUAAUGUAGUUCCACAGACCCAAAUUACCAUGGUCAAUACCACAAAAUCUAAGACACAAACCAUUGGCUCAUCCCGGAAACUGAGGCGGCAACUGCCAGCACCUCCAACACAAGAUAAAGAAGCCUAAAGAGGGUUGUGGCAGACAUCAGGAACUGUCAGGAAUCAAAUGACUGUGCUCAGUAAAGCACAUGAUCACCUGUGCCUUGAAGCUACAUGCAUAGCAAAUAUUAAAUUAAAUAAGCUCUGAUUGAAUAGAUUAAAAAGGACUGAAGUAUUGCUAACAAGUUGAUGCCAUAUUACAUUUACAAGGCAGUAUGAUUACAAAGAUAACAUUCAGGAUCAGGUUGCUUUAUUACCUUUCUCAUGGUCUGCACUACUGUCAGAAUCAUUUAGACAGAGUCAUCAAAAUUAUUCAUGUAAUAUAUUAGACAAUGUUGUGGAACUCAUCAAUUACUGUGAAUUGAACUGAUCAUUUAAUUAAGCCUUUAAUUAAAUUACUGUUACAGAAAGUACUUAACUGCACAGCUGACCAAACACUCUCUGGAUAAUGUUUUGACCAUGAUUUGUCUGUUAGAGUAGAUUUUAUCAUUCUGACCACGCCUCAGCUAUAUGAAUCACAGUCAUGCAGAACACAAACAUUUUCAUGUUUGCAUAAAGAAUCAUGUAAAUCCUGCUAUGGUGAUAUUGAAGAUUUUGUACUAGAAAUAUUUUCAUGCUAUUGCAAAGAUAUUGAUUUAUUGUAUAUGUGUACAUUAAUACAUUUACAUUUUUUAGUCAAUUUUAUUUCAGUUACACUUUAGUUGUUGAGUAAUUAAUUGGAAACAUAAACGCAGUUGUUUUUCUUGCUGUAGAAUAGAAAGUGUAAUUAACAAAUUGCAACUAACUACUUCACUGCAACAGUAUUUAAAUUAAGAACACGAGAAGAGUCUCUGAAGAUUCUUCUUAUACUGUAGGCCUAGCUGUGCCUCUGCAACAAAUAAAAUAAAUAAAUAAAUCAAUAAAACAGGCUCAUCCACAUACAUUUAGAUUUAUUGCAAUCGGUUUCACAAGAG